CUUGCGCCUACUUAUUUGUUUUUCUUUUUAUAUUUUUCCCUCUCUGUCUCUCUGCCUAUUAUUUUUUGUCGGUUGAAUUUUCCUUUGCUUAAUUGAAUUUCCUGUCAUCUCUCACGAUUACAGAAAAGAUGAGUGUAUUUGACCUAAUCAAACAGAAGCAUCUAUUAAGAAUUUGUGAGUGAUGGAUUGAUAGCUUGGAAUUCAUACAAAAACACAAUCCCAGCUUGAAUUUGUAAAGAAAAAAAACACCUUUUUUUACAUCUUAUUUGAAGUCAAUGGAUUCUGGUUCCGGAGGCAGUGUGAAUGGCAUCAACGAAGCUGUACUAGCAUCAGCUUCAGCCCCCCCGCAGAUGGUUUCCCAGCAAAGAGGUGAUGGUGGCGAGUCUUACUCCCCAGCUCCACCGAGUCGUUACGAGUCACAAAAGCGUCGAGAUUGGAACACUUUCUUGCAGUACUUGACGAAGCAUAAUCCGCCAUUAACACUCUCUCUUUGCAGUGGCGCGCACGUAAUUGAGUUCUUGAAGUACCUUGACCAGUUCGGCAAAACUAAGGUUCACAUAACGGGUUGUCCUUAUUUCGGACAUCUAAACCCACCCGCUCCUUGCUCUUGCCCACUCAAGCAAGCGUGGGGCAGCCUCGACGCACUGAUCGGACGGCUCAGAGCUGCGUAUGAAGAAAACGGUGGACGUCCAGAAUCAAACCCCUUUGGCGCAAGGGCUGUGAGGAUUUAUCUGAGGGAAGUGAGAGAAGGGCAGUCUAAAGCUAGAGGAAUUCCUUAUGAGAAGAAGAAGCGAAAAAGACCCACUGUCUCAACUCCGGCUGUGGCCGUCAAUGUGUCGAUGACUUCCACUCAACCGGUUGAUGGCGGUGGUGGUAAUUAUAAUGUUGCUCCUGAGACUGGGACAAGUGUUGGUACUGCCACCACUAGUAGUGUUUAGUUUCUCUCUGAAAAUUGGAUCGAUAUCCCAUGAACCAAAAUUAAAAUUUAGUUAGAAAUCUAGUUUUAAUUUCUGUCAAAGUUUCAACCAAUCUCUCUUUUUUUUAUCUUCAUCAUUUCUAAGGAAUAUAAGAAUUCUUCUUUUCAUCA